GCAUAGAAAUGAGUACUGUGGUUUUUGCUUCUUCAAUUUAAUGUCCUGAAUGCGCUAGUACUUGACAGUCUGAAAGUUAGCACUGAAGGCAUCCCCUUCUUCCUCUUUUUUAGAUCCUCCCUUCUUCCUUUUUUAGGCAUGUACAAGACUGAAUGAAGAAUAUUGUUARUAGGCCUAUGUGAUACAGUAAAUUUAACAUUUUGUACGUUAAAUAAACAUUGGAAACUUUCCAACAUUUAGGAUGUUAAGGUAAGAUUGGGAAUGGCCUGUGAAACGUACAAGUUUAACUUGAGUAAAAAACAGCUAAAAUUAAUGCAYGAUUUUGGGCCAACCACUAGUAGUAGUGUAACUUUGGCAGAAUAGUUUUAAGCCACCAGAGCAUCCUCCUUAAGGUUCUCAAUGACACCAUGGAUCUCUAGUAAAUAAUUGUAUCAACUUGGACUGGGCGCUUAGUCUGGGUGUCUAAAGUUGGUUUUUGAUAAAGACCUGGCCUUUUUUCUAACCAGCAGUSGGUCUUGUAAACMAGCMAAUUUUGGCCAUACCUGGUGUUAGUGGAGAAUCGUCCCCCCUCACCCCCCCCUGGCCCCUAAUCGUGUAACAAUGAGGACCUAUUCCCAACACUAUUAGUAGGAAACUUUUCCCCAAAGAACAGCUGCUCUCAGGCCAUACUGGAGCAGUUCCUCUAAACGUCCUAUUACACUGUUUGCGGUCAAAAAGUGACCAAAAACUAGUAGACCUAUGUAUGAUCAGUACUAAAAUACUGGGCCCAAAAUUAACCAUGAUGCUACUACUUGUAAUAAUUUUUGGUGUUCGAGUAGAAUGCCUUUUUGACGURGCAUUUUACUCCGAUUAAACUCGUAGUUUCAAUUGAUCCGCAACGCGUACCGUAGUAGAAAUUAAGUUUCAGUAAAGUUUCGGCUGGUACGCGUACGAGUAAGUUAGGUACGAGUACUAUUAUGGUUCCGUACGUACGUACCGGSACUCGAAAUUCUAAAUUUCUCCUCGUUUUCAAAUUUUCUUCUGCUCAGAUACUUUUUGUUUUUGUGAGGUGACGUAACAAGAGAUUUGAAAAUUCAAAUCGAUAUCCUCUUCGUGCCGAAUCUUUACAUCCUAUUUUUCAACAUCGUCUGAAACAGACAAGUUGAAACAGGAGCCGUAACAAUCAUAAAAGGAAGGGGAUAACCCGAGACGCCAAAUACUUCAAAAUGAUGGYAGCUUUCAAAUACGCAACCAUUCAGAUGGUUUUAUUACUCGCAAUUGCUGGAACGAGAGUGGUCACAUAUGCAGAGAUCAAUUCACCCAUUGGCACAUUGCCUGCCAUGUCAUACAAUCAGCAAUCGAAACAAACAGAAAAUCUCMCGAUCACCCCAUUCGUGAGUCAAGACCAGAACAUCAUUAAAAAGGCAAGAACAAUCCCUUUUCUGCGCGGACCACAGCUUCUAGAGACGGUUUUAUCCAUCCGGGGUGGCAAAAUAGUGAAAAAGUCAUUACGGCCAUCGGUAUCCAAUUCUAUCGCYUCGUCGGAGCAGAAACUUGCUAAAAUUAAGAAAGGAAUGCUCUUGACAUCAAUAUCAAUCAUCAUCUAUGGAUUGUUUCGUACGCAGGAGACAUGGCUUGCCUUGUUCGAUAAGGAAAAACUGCAGGCUUCGGUUGUACAAACGCUWGAAAAUUUGAACGAUCUCCCCUUUCUGUAUUCGCGUUCUUUCUAUACCAUAGCUAUGGCAUUAUGGGAGACGUUGGGUAUGUCUACAAUUCCGGUAGAAACUGCAGCAGGAAUGGUCUUCGGACGGUCCGCAUUUUACUGGAGCGGGCUCGGGAAAGUUAUGGGCGCAUGUUUAGCAUUUGGAUUGGGACGUGGCGCCUUGUCCGGAAUGGUGGACGCUAAAUUGUCGUCGAACACGUUUUUGAAUUUGGUACAAAGCCAAACAAAGGAUAACCCUUUGUUAGUGACAGUUCUUAUCAAACUAAGCUGCUUUCCAGAAACCGUGAAGAACUUUGGUUCUUCCAUGCUGAAACCAAUCCAGUGGUGGAUGUUUGUUUCGGCAACCCUCGUCCAUGGAUUGACUUUCACGGCACUUUGGACAUAUCUGGGAGUCGAUACGGCAGCACGACUGAAGGAUACAGCAGGUUUGUUGCCACCAGAUCAGCUAUUGAAAACGUUACUAUCACUAGCACUCAUCAAUGGAAUUGYUGUAUCGCCACUAGCAAUGGCGUAUUGGAUUCGGGCUUUGAAGCAAAAGCAACAAACGAGUCAAAAAUCGACCAAGAAAAUCAAAAAGUAGUAYACUAUGGAAUCCAAUGCAACGAAAUAAGCAAAUAGCACAAUACAAUAGACCAUUGUUACUAGUACGUACUUCUAGUUCAGAAUGAAUACAACUACAAUCA